AUGGAAGCAAAGUUAAAGAGAGAGCUGGGGACAGUCAUGCUGAAGCCAACUGGUCACACAGGAGGUGGCUGUAUCAGCGAGGGCCAGAGUUAUGAUACUGAUUCUGGAAGAGUUUUUGUGAAGAUAAAUCACAUGAGUCAGGCCAAAUUGAUGUUUGAUGGGGAAAUGGCCAGUUUAGAAGCCAUUUUGAAGACAGACACUGUUAAAGUCCCCAAGCCUGUGAAGGUGAUUGAGCUUGACACAGAAGGAUGUGUAUUAGUGAUGGAACAUCUGGACAUGAGAGGUCUUACCAAGUACUCAAAGCAACUUGGGGAGCAGUUGGCAGAUCUCCAUUUUCACAACAAGAGACAGUUGGAAAAAUUAAAUAAAGAGCAACAGACAGUAGGAAAAGGGGCUGGGCAGUCGGAGGUGGCUGUUGUUGAAAAAUUUGGGUUCAAUGCAGCUACAUGCUAUGGAUUUUUUCCACAGGUAAAGCAAUAUUGCUGUGGCCUUCUCUUUUUUCCUUACCUCCUUUAAACUCCACUAUAUAAAUAAAAUAUGUCAAUUACAUAUUGUGUGUUUUACUAUUUACAGCUGAAGAUCCCUGAGUUUUUCACAGAUGUGGAGAUUGUCCCUGCUCUCCUCCAUGGAGACUUAUGGGCAGGCAAUGUAGCAGAAUGCACAGAAGGCCCAGUCAUCUUUGACCCUUCUUCCUACUAUGGCCAUUCAGAGUAUGAGCUGGGAAUUGCAGGGAUGUUUGGUGGCUUCAACAGUUCUUUUUACUCUGCUUACCAUGACAAGAUCCCUAAAGCACCAGGCUUUGCAAAGAGAAACCAGCUUUAUCAACUUUUCAACUAUCUGAAUCACUGGAACCCCUUUGGUGAUGGUUACAGAAGCUCUUCAAUAAGUAUUAUGAAGAACCUACUGAAAUAA